AACACAUGCCUUUAAAUUGGAUUUGAGAGUUCAAAUAUAUUAUAUUAACCAAGGAGAAUAUAUAGUUAGAUAUCAUAAUUAGCCUCACUGUGAAGCAAUUACUGCCUAUUCAUCAUAUUUUGGGGAUAUUCAUUUUUCCGUUGGGCGCAUCAUAGAUCUCAUUUAUAAACCAUAUUUUCACGAUUUGAGAAUUCUUUAGUUUGUGUGUGUGUGUGUGUGUGUGUGUGGACACACAGACGUCUGUCUUUGGCUCCUCCGUGUGCGCGUGAAUAAGUCAAUGAGCGCGUGUGCGUCCAAAGUUAGUGUUUAUGACAGCGAUCAUCAUAAAAAGAAACGCGCCCCAUGUCACAUUCCCCGUAUACAAGCUCAUAAUUUCAGACUUAACAGAUAGGACGUAAUGCACAUUUUACUCUUUUUUUGAAGUCCCCACGUCUAGAAAGGACACCACACUUUGUCCUUACGUGCAUGAAGAUGGGAGGAGUCUCGCCUCUUGUUGCGUUCUAAUUGGCUGUUAGCUAGCGCUGAGUUGUGUGGUUAUCGGUUAAUUAUAUUCAGCAUGUUUUGCACAAGAAAUGUCAGCCAGACUGGGCUCCUUUCUCCGUCAAAAUAUACCACAAAGAUGUCAUGCUCGGAUAACCCGGCUGGAAAUUCGUUUCUGGUGGACUCCUUGAUCAGCGCGCGGGCUGAGGGCAGCACCGGCUCGUACUACCAGAGCACCGGCAUUUAUCUGCCCCCGGGGUCGGAGUAUUCUUACGGACUACCCAACUGUGGCUAUUUCCCGGGAUUUAAACGGAGCGAGGGCAGCCAGCCCCAGACUAUGGUGCCCACCACGUCAAGCCCCUACACGCAGCCGGGCAUGGACGCGUGGCUGGAGGCGUCUCGGUCGUGUCGUUUAGAGCAGACCGGUAACCAUCCCGGUCGCUCGUUCUCCCCGAGUAUUAAAGAAGAGAGUGCCUACUGUUUAUACGAGUCGGAGAAGGGCCCCAAAGACUCAGUGAGCGACGGCAUUUCCUACUCGCGUGUAACGCCAGACUCCUGCCCAGUGAGCCACAACGGCACUGUUCCUGUACCGGGUUACUUCCGCUUGUCUCAGACAUACACGACCUCGAAAUGUUUCUCCGAGCUCCAGUCUAACUCCUCUCACUUUCCUCCGCCACGCGCAGCCUGUUUCGACCGCUCGCCGUCGGCCUCGCCCGCGCGGGAGACGGUCAGACGGGAAAGCGACGUACCCGCUGCAGGCGCACCUUGCACACCAGCGCGAGACAAGGAGAUGCAGGCUUCUCCCGCCGGUGCCUCGUCCUCGCCCGAGCCCGUGGACAGCCCCGCGGACACCUCUGGAAAGGCUAACAAAAGUGAGUCGCGUGGUGCCGGUACGGCCAGCUGGAUGACGGCGAAGAGCGGCCGGAAGAAGCGCUGCCCGUACACCAAACACCAGACGCUCGAGCUGGAGAAGGAGUUCCUCUUCAACAUGUACCUGACCCGCGAGCGGCGUCUCGAGAUCAGCCGGUGCGUGCACCUCUCGGACAGACAGGUCAAGAUCUGGUUCCAGAACCGCAGGAUGAAGCUCAAGAAAAUGAGUCGAGAGAACCGGAUUCGGGAGCUCUCGGCCAAUUACGGUUUUUCCUGAGUCCCCCCCCCUCUCUACCGACACUCGGUCCACCCCACCCGCGCUCCGUCACGUGCGGGAGAAUAUUGUUAAUUUAUUGUCGUGAACUGUUGACGUUUUUAUCUGUUUAUAUGUUCAUAUUAUUUGACGUUUUUGUUGUGAGUAUUUUGUCGUGAUUAUUUAUAAAUUCUCCAGGAAUCCUUGUGUAAGGCUAUAUGUCCACACCGGACCGCAAAUAAAUACACGGCAGCAGGGGAGGGGAGUUCUCCACCCUUCCGGUUGGUCUGUAUAGGUUGAGCUCGGACCGUGCGGGUUUAUUACCGCGCAUAGCAUCGGUAUCUUUGCAUGGUCAAGUAAAGUGGCUGUUAUGACUAGCUGUUAUGGACUUUUUUUAUCACGACUCUAGCUUAAUUGCCUGAUAACACGAUUAAAGGUGGGGUGAAAUGUUGAAGUCUGCAUAUUUUGCUCUGUGGUGGGAUUGUUGAGUUGACUUCGUCUGUUUAAAAUGGGCGAAAUCCCAAAGCUUGUUGAAACUGUGGAUAUUCUGUACCGAUUAGGCCUGCUGGGUUUACUGUUCCAGCGGUCUCACAUUAUUUUAAUAUCGCCCCUGAGAGCCUAUACUGUGAACGGAUGAUGUGUCGAGCGAACGAAUAAACUCAUGGACUGCAC